AUGCGCGCGAAUGUCUUUUGCAGGUCCCUACCAAAGACGUUGGAGUUCCUGAAAAAGGAAAUGGGAGGAGUUCAAAUGGACUUCCUCAACAAAGUUGCUGACAACAGCAGGCCAAACGGGUUUCCAUUGCUUUUUGGCAAAUCUUUGGAGCAAGUUGGCCGCGUUGGACGACCGCCAGAGGCUCCAGACUGGAACAAUACCAAGAUUUGCGAAGAGUAUCUGGAUAAGUAUCCAUACAUUCCGGAGGAGUACAGAAAGAAGGGAUAUAAGGUUUGUCAGCCAGGAAUCUGGCACAAUCUCAUUUGGAAUCUGUUUGAGAAAUUCAUGAUGUGCGAUCCUUGUUUUUGA